UGAAAUAGGGCAAGCUGUAACAGUGAGAGCCACUGAGAACCGAGGAACGGACCUCGGUAGCUUGUGCUUGGAACAUCAAACGCAUGCCGCCUCGUAGGCUUAACUGAAUAACGCAGGCAAUUGAGGACGAUAAUCUGCAGACAAGCGGGAGGUGGAACUAAGGAAGUGUGUGGCAACUACACCUCUUUGGCAAAUUGUCUAACCGGCGAUUACAAAUUUCUCUCUCUCAAGUGGAAUACGCAGGUGGACAGUGAUGGGACGGCUGGCUGUUUGUGCUCUGGCGGUCCUACUUGGGGCGGCGCUGUGUCUGGCCGAGGGACGGAAGAGCACUGAUACAGCAAAGAGAGCAGAGGAUGCCUCCAAGGGACCGCAGCCCCCGCAGAAGAGAGAGGCGGAUGGAGAAGGCCCUGAGUUGACCCAUGAGGCAGAUGGAGGACCCUGUCGAAGGAAGUUCUGUGGCAGGGGACGCCAGUGUGUGGUGGCAUCGCAGACGGGUCAGGCUGAGUGUGUGUGCCAGGAUAAAUGCCACCCCACAUUUGUGCCCGUGUGCGGCUCCGAUGGCCGGUUCUAUGAGAACCACUGCGAAGUGUAUCGCACCUCGUGCCACCAGAAGAAAAGAAUAUACGUUGUUCACAGCAAGGAUUGCUUCUUCAAAGGUGAAUCAUGCACAAUGACAGAGUAUAACAAGCUGAAGAGUAUGCUUCUGGACAUGCAGCUCAAGGGCGUCAAGCGCAAGGACAAAGGCUACGGGAAUAGCAUGGAUGAGAAGAGGGCCCUGGUGGACGCCAUGUUCAAAUACCUGGAUCUGAACGGGGAUGGGCGCCUUGGCAGCGAGGAGCUGGCACAGAUAUCCACAAAGGAGCACUUGGAGGACAGCCUCCUGGAGUGCACCAUGCAGGACCUGAUCCGCUAUGACGACUACAACAACGACAGCCACCUCACGCUACACGAGUUCUACACCGCCUUCCAGGUCAUUCAGCUCAGUCUUCCAGAGGAUAAGAGAUUAAGCAUCACCACGGUAACAGUGGGCCUGAGCACAGUCCUCUCGUGUGCCAUUCAAGGCACGCUGCGCCCGCCAAUCAUCUGGAAAAGAAACGGGAUCAUUCUUAACUUCCUGGAUCUGGAAGAUAUUAAUGACUUUGGCGAUGACGGCUCCCUCUACAUCACCAAGGUGACGACCAUCCACAUGGGCAACUACAGCUGCCACGCAUACGGCUACGAAGAUCUGAGUCAGGCCCAUGUGCUCCAGGUGAAUGUGCCCCCAGUGAUUCUGGUGUACCCCGAGACUCAGGCCCAGGAGCCCGGGGUGGCUGCCAGUCUCUACUGCCAUGCGGAGGGCAUCCCCAACCCCAAGAUCACCUGGCUGAAGAACGGCAUGGACCUCCAGCCACGGGCCUCCAAGCAGCUCUCCCUUGUCGCAAAUGGCAGUGAGCUUCACAUUGGGAGCGUGCGUUACGAGGACACAGGGGCCUACACCUGCAUUGCCAAGAAUGAAGUCGGCGUGGACGAAGACAUCUCCUCCCUAUUCGUGGAGGAUUCUGCUCGAAAGACACUUGCAAAUAUACUCUGGCGAGAGGAAGGGUUGAGUGUGGGGAACAUGUUCUACGUGUUCUCCGAUGAAGGGGUCACCAUACUGCAGCCGGGCGAGUGCGAGAUCCGUAGGCGCAUAAAGCGCUCCGAGAGGAUUGUGGCCAGUUAUGAAGAGAUGUGUCCCAAAAGUGAAGGCAUUUCCCCCCAGCACUGCGUGUGGGCCUCUGCUCUCAACGUCCGCCACAAGUACGUCUACGUCACGCAGCCUCUCCAGAACCGCCUGCUGAUUAUUGACACGCAAGCCCAGAAAGUCGUUCAGGCAGUGGAGACAGACCCUGUGCCUGUCAAGCUAUUCUACGACAAGUCCCAUGACCAAGUGUGGGUAUUAAGUUGGGGCGACCUACAGAAAUCCCAUCCCACAUUGCAGGUUAUUACCCAAGCGAGUGUGGGAGAAGUGCAUCGUGUCUUCCGGACGCCGUUCCAGAGGGUGGAUGACUUCUUCCUGCCUCCUACCAACCUCAUCAUCACACACGUCAGAUUUGGCUUUGUCUUCUUAAAAUCUGAACCUGCCGUGCAUAAAAUUGACCUGGAGACCUUCCAUCGCGUCAAGAGCAUCAGCCUGAAGAACUACAGCUGCAUACCAGUCAGCAUGGCCUACACCCACCUGAGCGGCUACUACUUCAUCCAGUGUCAGGGCCGGAACCGGAGCGCCGCCGCCAUGCCUCAGCUGCUCAUUGACAGCGUGACGGACACGGUCAUCGGCCACAACCUGGACAUCACCGGCAAGCCCUACGUCUCCCCCGACGGCCGCUACGUGGUCACCCCGGACGAGCGCAGCGGGAAGAUCCGGGUCCAGACGGUGUCCUUCCAGGGCGAGCUGCGUCUCAGCCCGGAGCUGGACGCCUCGCCACAGGUGUCCGACCUGGUGUUCCAGCCGUCCUUCGUGGAGUCCAACCAGUACGCGGCGGUGGCCACGUCCACCUCCGGCACGGGCCUGCUGUUCUCCGACCUGUCCGCCGGCGGGAGCGUGGUGCUGGGGGGGCUGAAGGAGCCGCUGCCCCCCCACAGCUGGCCCUGGAGCAGAGCCAACCGCGUGGUGGCGUCCAGCGGGCUGUUCGGACCGUACCUGGUCACGCCGUCGGCCGAGUCCCUGUUCGUGCUGAACGGCAAGCUGAACAGCCUGCACUGCGAGGUGUCAGACGUCAAGCGGGGCAACACAGUGGUGUGGGUGGGUGAGGUAUGAGACCCCAGGCGACCUGCGAUCAGGCUGAACUACUGAAAACUGUAACAAGAGGACUCAACCCCCUGGACUGAGCGCGAGGAAAGACCACGUGUGUGUGUGCGUGUGUGUUGUGAGAGUGUUUGUGUGUGUGUGUGUGUGUGUGUGUGUGUGUGUGUGUGUGUGUGUGUGUGUUACUGUUGUAAAAGUACACAAACAUAAAAUAAUUUAGAGUAAUCAAAACGAAAAAAACAAGCAUUAAGAAGUCCUGUAACGAUCUUUCUACUGGGAGAGGGUGAGCCAGUGCUCUACAGUGCAACAGUGAUCCAUGCGCACUCCAAUAACAAGAAAUGUUCAUUAUUGCACUUCCUCGUGACACAGCAGAAACCGUUUGUUGCAAGAGAGAGGGUAGCUAACGUCGUCGGUGACAUUUUUUCGAAAAAUUAACUAUGCACAAUGCUCACUUUUUUGUCUUAAAGCUGUUUGGUUUCCAGAUGUCUGUCGCUCACCCUGUGCUGCAACUAGUCACUACUGCAUAAGAAACCUGUCGGUCAGCCACACAAGUCUGCAGUCCAUUAUUUUAAAGUCAUGGCCUUCAGUUGGUACGCCUUUUGCACAUGUUCAUGGUAGUGACCGGUUUCUCUGAGUGUCUCCUGUCUCCAGUUUUGUGCUCUAUUAGUUCCAUUGACAUUCCAAAGACUGCACUCCCCGUCGUCAUUAGUACGCUAUAGGAGCACCAAAUGAACAAGAUGUAAACAUGUUUUUGUUUUUUUCACCCUCUGUGAUCUCGCUUUGGGAGAUUGUACUUCACACAAAACUUGUAUGAUCCAGUAAUCCCCUAAGUGAUCAAAGGUAUUCUGUCGGAUCCAGAGUGACUGUGUAAUUCCGAAUCCACUUAGUCUGAAGUAGUUUAGUUUGUGCGUAUGUAUCGGAGCCAAGCUCCUUAAAGAGCUGCAUGGUGUACACCUCGUCGCUGAAACCCUCCAGUGGCAUUAGCAACAGAGCUAGCAGCCAUGGGUUUAAGCCUCAUUAGCAGUGUGCUGACCCCCAGGGUCAAGGCAUUGCAGAUUUGAGCUAGGAAUGGAACGCUUGACACAGAAUACCCAUUCCCUGUAGUAUGAGUGAAUGAAUGAAUGAAUGAAUGAAUGAUGAAUGAGUAACUUAAUGAAUGAAGUGUUUGUGUUACUCCUUUCCACCUUCACUCCUUUCACAAUCUUCUCUCUUCAGCAGCAGAUACUGUAAAAAUAACAACUGCACAGUCCCUACUCAUGUGAAUGGAAAUGUAUGGAAGCCUAGCAAGAUCAUACAGAAUUUGUUUCUGUUGGGGUAUACUGAAGGUUUAUUUUGUUGAGGUUGAUGAACCCAGAAAACCUUAAGGUUUCUUUGAUUUAUCAUCUAAAGUAAAAGGACAUUUUCAAGGUAUGUAAUAUGCUCAAACACACUUCCUGCCUGUGUGACUCAGCCCCUCCUUAUAGAUCACACAUUGGGAAACCUGUAACGCAGUCAUUCUCUAUUGUCCAGCCCCUGCGUGAAGAACAUUCAGUGUUACUGCAUGAAAUCAAUCAUUUAAAAUGGUCAACCCACAGGCUGAGUGCUUUCUCUCUAAUCUGACAGGCUCUCCGAGUCUAAAUGUACACCUAAGUACCUGUUGACCUAUGGAUUCCGAAGAAUGCCAUACAAUAACAAUAAUUAUGUUUCAGUAAAUGAAAGAUAUUUUUCUUCCCAUCUUAUCUCAGCUAAUGUACCAAAUCAAAAAGGAUAAGUGGGAUAAGCUUUGAGGAAGCCUAUUAUGAAAUCAGACAAAAGUUAGAUUAUUGUAAUCAGCUUAGGCAAGCACCACAGGUAGAGGGAUCUCUGUUGCAACAUUAUAAUGAGAUAGCAUUUAUCUUCAGAAAUCCAACAUUAGCAUGUUUGAAGACAAAAGCAAAUGCUGUUAAAAGUCACAGUAUGAAAGUAUGAAAUUCCUCCUUUCACUGAAAGAACAGCUAUUAAUACCAUACAGUUUGAAUGCAGAGUGAGCAGUCAGUCAGUCAGUCCUGAGACAGACCUUAAUCAGAGUUAGGAAACCCAAAAGACAGGUAUUACGGUCAAACCUCGCAUCUCCUUCAUCUAAUGGAGAGACCACUCUAAUUAGACAGAGAUCCAUAAUACAGUACGUCGAAACAUGACAGAGCCAAGCUGUUAAAAGUGCUAUGUGGAUUACUGUUAGUCUCACUCCCUGAUCCCUGUAGAGGCAUUCAGAGCCUUAGCUUUUAGCCUGCACACGCUCACGCCUGAGGUGAAAGGGCAUGCCCCGAGAGGGACAGGGACACCAUGCAGGGCACACAGAGUAUUCUAGAAUAAAUGUUCAUAUGAGGUGUGAUGAGAAUGGGAUGAUCAUACUAGCAUAUGCAUCUGAUAUAUUUGCUUUUUCAGGAAGCCUCCCUGACCAUUUUUACAUUCAGAACAAUCUCCCAUGUUCCAUCUUUUUGAGACAGGCAGAUCAAGGGGUCCGCUGCUUACCUGAAUGUGUUCAUGUGUAAACAUUAGAGUCACUGUUUUAGAUAAAUUAUUCUUGUUAGAACACAAUAAAAAAAACGAUAAAUGUACAGAUUUCAUUCAUGAGUUUUGUGUGUUCUGGUUAACGAGGGAAAUGUUUUGUUAACAACAAUAAACUCCAUUAAUUGUGCAGCUGUGUCACACCAUAAAUUACUUUCAAUACGACACAUGAAUAUUCAGGUAGAAAGUGUUACCAACCAGAUCAAAUUGAAUGUGGAUACUAAACCCAGCCAACCAUGGAAUGAAAUCCCAUCAGCUGUUCUUGAAAUACUCCUUCGCUUAUUAAGUCAUAUCCUUGGUUAUUUAGGGUGCAGUUUUACUAAACAUUGCAUGCAUACUACAGGUAUCAGCCCCUUUAACACAAACUGUUAUUUUACAAAACAUCUACAGUGGGAGAGAGAGAGAGGGAGGGAGCUGUUUCUGACAGUUUUGCAUACUUUUCAGUCACAUUUGACUGUACAGCCAUUUGUCUUCAUCGCCACUGGGGUCUCUCUCAAGGCCAAGCUUUUUCUGGUGUAAUGAGACACAGUGGAAGUCAUUUCAGGAUGAAGAAUGACUGCGUCCACUGAUGGCUCAUAGCUCCACUUCGUUUUAAAAUACACCUGAAUAUCGUCAACACUGAGAGGAGCAGUCUCAAGGCCUACACAAGUAAACAGGCCUCUGAGUCACCCGCCUGAGUAUGUGCAAGACUUUAUGCGCUGGAUGACUCUAUCUACUUUCACAGAGGAUCUAGUGCAUUUGCAAUUACUCACUGCACAUACUUGAGGACACUUUAUUUUGUAGUCUUACUGUUCUCAUAGUGCUCAUAGAAAAACAGAAACUGGAAAAAAAAUAAAUAAUUUCUUCAAACUGCUUAUCUCAAUGGUCAUUUCACUUCAAAGCACGUAAUCUUAUCUCAGUCAGUGGGUGUGACAUAAGAAACAUCACAUGGUUUGACUAUGUAGGGGCAACAUACAUUUGAAAAGACUUCAAACUUCAAAAACAUCUGCAAUAACUGCAUUCACAAUUAGCUUUUAUUAGGCUUACUUGUGUUCUGAGAUUUUGUAAAUUCUUCCUUGGUUUAACGCGGCAGAGAAUUAGGGACCUUCUUUAACUUCAAUCUUAUCGUUUCUCCAGUUACUUUUAAAACCGUAAUCUCCACAGAGAUUUACACAGACCUGUGGAAGGCAGAUGCUUUGGUCUAUAAUCAAACAGGUAGACAUGUACAGUUUUUCACUUUUGACAAACAGUGUCAAAACCAAGUAUGGCCACUAUCCAAACUGGGGCCCUGGCAUCCUAACUGAUGAGCAAGUGCUUCUUUGUAAAAAGUAUCCUUUAAAGGCUUUUUGCUGUUUGUGUACUGAUCUAUCUCUAUGCAACAGAUCGUCACCAUUAAGGCAAUAACUGUUUAUAUGUGAGAACUCCAUGGGUAGCAUCAGCCUUUUCUACAAAGUGUUUUUUGUUUCAGUCCCAAAGUAGUUGUUGAUACCUCAGUUAAGGGCAGUUAGAAGAAUCUUCACCAAAUCAUGAAAUGAAUUGUCAAGCUGUUUUGUAGUCAAGGAAUGAGAAAAAUUAUUUAUGAAACGUGACGUGGUCAGUAUCUUACUUGUCAGUGCUUGGCUAUGAAAGAAUACCAUUUCCCUCAAGACUUUUAUAGUUUUAUCACAUGCCUUUUUUUCUUGUACAGUUAAACUAAAUCACACAAACAAUUUUGGUGUUUCAAAAAUAGAAUAAACUACUUGCCUACUGACUAUUAAGCUUGGAUAUUCAUAAGUCCCACUCAAAUGUCUUUACCUCCUACCCAAUGAACCUGAACCACCCCUGGUGUUGUAGCAUUUAUUGUACAGAUAAGUUCCAAACAGAAUUAUAUUGUAUGGUAUGGUGUUUCCCAGAAUGUUUCUUUUAUCUCCUCAAGUUUUACAAUAAAAUAUCAAAUAGACUCUG